CUUGAAAAGCUUUAGUAUACCCCGGCAAGCCGAUCAGGCUGGUUCUAGCUUGACUGCUUGUUGCCCGACAACUGCUUGCCCGACUGUCUGACUGCUACUAGCCAGCUCGUCUCGUUCAGUCGCUGUUCCGACAUCCUGCUCGCAACACGACCGCGGUCGGUGCCAGUGCGGUGUAUUCCGUGGGCCUUUCCACGUUUCUGUCGUCAUCUUACGGGUUACGGUUUCUGUCAUGCCGUGGCGGAUGCUGCGAGGCCGUAACAUGGCUUUUUUCGGCGUCAGAUAGACCCACGUGUACACGCUCAACGUGAAUCCCAUCAGCCGGGUAGACGACCAGCACGAAGAAGAACUAACAUGAACGACCGAUUCGCGUUGAAAACUGCUGCACCAUGGAAUUCGGAGAAAUGCAGUGGAAGGAAUCGAGGUGGUAGAACAUGUUGAACGUCUGAGCAGAACUCGCGCUCAGUGUCGAGAAAGAGGAGCAAUGGGAUCGUACGAGGAAUUCCCAGCAAUUACGCUAAUUAGCACAUUGAAAUCAUUAAAGAAGAGGAUCGCGACGGUUAGAAAGAUGACGAUGAACCUAGCCGGAGGUCCAGGCACCCCGGAAGAGUAUCAAUGGAAGAGGUGACGUUUCACCCAGUGAUGCGUAAACGGCGUGGAUUGGCCAGUGCCAUUCUAGGCCUGAUACUGGGCCUUGUCCUAGGUUUUCUCAUUCAAAGCUACAAGAUACUCUCGUCGAGCCAUCACCAGCGAUUAAAUGUUUACUCGUCUUCGAUGCCUGGACCACGAAUGUUGAUCAGAUCGUCGGCACGAAACGUUCCCAAAUUGGACGACGAUGAACAGAUAAACAGUUCGUCGACCAGCUUGGUCUUCGUGGGCGUAAUGACUGCUGGCAAAUAUCUAGACUCGAGAGCUAAAGCGGUUUACGAGACUUGGGGUAAAGAGCUUCCAGGCAAAAUUGCCUUCUUUUCGUCCGAAAACUCCGUCGUCCCAGGUAAUUGUCCAGACCUACCUUUGGUACCUUUGCCACGGGUCGACGACACUUAUCCACCGCAGAAGAAGUCAUUUAUGAUGCUACAAUACAUGUGGAACAAUUAUGGGGAUCGUUUCGAGUGGUUCCUCAGAGCUGACGACGACGUCUACGUGAGAACGGAUCGUCUGGAGAAAUUGCUACGAUCCGUCAACUCCAAGAGGGCCAUGUACAUUGGCCAAGCAGGCAGAGGCAACUCCGAGGAAUUCGGUCUGCUAUCGUUGGAGUACGACGAGAACUUUUGUAUGGGUGGGCCAGGUGUUAUUCUGUCCAGGGAGACCUUAAGGAGGAUCGUGCCGCACAUCAAGUAUUGUCUGAGACAUUUGUACACUACGCAUGAAGACGUCGAAUUGGGAAGGUGCGUGCAGAAGUACGCCGGUAUACCUUGUACCUGGAGUUACGAGAUGCAGUCCAUUCUAUAUCACAACAGUAGUGGAGCACAGGCGUUCACCGGAAACUUGAAGAAAAAAGAAGUUCACCGUGCUAUUACUUUGCAUCCUGUAAAAAGUCCACCUCACAUGUACAGGUUGCACAAUUACAUGAGGGGGCUACAGAUUCAAGAUUUGCAACAGGAGAGACUCAAUCUUCACAGGGAUAUUUACACGAUGGCGAAACAGUUAGGAAUUAGCGUGGAAAAUCUCAAGAAUUUCGAAAUAGCCGAUGGUGUUCCACUAUUUCCAGUUAAUCGCUACUCGAAAGAAUAUCCCGAUGACACAGAAAUAUUAGGUGUUCCAGCAGGACUUCGUUCGUUUAAACCGACAAGUAGCGACGAAGUAAUUCCUUGGGAUUUUUUGUCAAGAUCCGAGUACAGUUUAGGCGAUUCUAAUCCCAGGAGAAGAAUUCACAGUGACAUAAAGGAAGGUCUGGAGGACAUCACGAGGGAAGUAAUGGCCUCUAUAAAUGCCUGUUCACGGCAGCGUGGCCGAGUCGUCGAGGAAAGGUCAACUCUAUACGGAUACAGGCGAGUGGAUUCUUACGGCGCUGACACUAUAUUGGAUCUUCUUUUGGUGUACCGAAAGUACAGAGGCAGAAAGGUUACGUUGCCCGUUAGGAGGCACGUGUACCUUCACCAACACUUCACAGGCCUAGAAAUACGAGAGACCGUGAACGGUGAGGAAGUCGACGAGACGCGAAGAAGUCAGCAAAACGACAAAUCUCUGCAAAACAUAUUCCGCGGUGGAUUUCUAAACCUGAAUUUCAACUUCGAGGAAGAGGAUCCAGUCAAGAGCAAGAUUAUUCACUUCAUCCUACCUUUAUCCGGAAGGUACGAGGUUUUCCGAAGGUUCCUACAAAACUACGAAGAGGUCUGUUUGACGAGCGGAGAAAAAACGGCACUUUUAGUUAUUCUGUAUCGUCGCGAAACAGAAGAUUCGUUCAAUCGAACGAUAGACUUGAUAGAACAAUUAAAAUACAAGUAUCGUAGCGUCAGCAUCGAUAUAAUUCCUGUCUCUGGUACAUUUUCUCGAGCCAAAGCUCUGAAUUUCGGUGUGUCAAGAUUGAAGGACGACGAUUUGAUGUUCUUCGUUGACGUCGAUAUCGUAUUUACCGAGUCGGCUCUCUACAGAAUUCGCGCAAACAGCCUUCUAGGUAGACAAAUGUAUUUCCCGGUGGUGUUCAGUCAGUAUGAUCCAAAGGUCGUUUACAAAGGUAACAGAAAACAAGAUACGUUCGCCAUAAACGAAAUAUCGGGAUAUUGGAGGCAGUUUGGAUUCGGUAUCGUCUCCUUGUACAAACAGGAUUACAAAAGCGUGGGUGGUUUCAAUUUGUCUAUCCAAGGAUGGGGCAAAGAGGACGUGGAUUUCUAUGAGAAAGUGGUGAAAUCCAAUAUUAAGAUAUUUAGGGCGGCUGACAAGGAUUUGAUUCACAUUUAUCAUGACGUUGAGUGCAGCAAGGAUCUUUCAGAGACACAGUGGUCCAUGUGCAUGGGAACCAAGACUGACACAAUCGCUGGGAUAGAGACUCUGGCUAAAAUGAUCUACGAAAAUCCGGAGAUACUGCAAUUUGCCAAAGCCAGAAGAGAGAACUUGACGCGUGCAGCGGGUUGAACGACUUUCUAAAGGCUGAAGAUAUCUACUGUAUCUCGGUUGUUAAGGUAGAAAUUAUGUUUGCAACCAUGAUGGUGCCAGAAUGUUUCGUAGAUAGGACAUUUUGUAAAUACGGGGUGUGACAACGAAUCUUACAUCGAAGUUCGCACCGAAUGAUAAUUAAUAAUUGUUCGCGAAUUCACCAAAGUCUUUGUCCUAAUUGGACUACCAUAAUGGUCACGUUUGCAACUGUGACUUGCUCGCUGCAUCGAUAAAACAGAUUCUAAACUUCAAAUUUAAUUUAAUGAAAAUAAUUUAAUGAAAAUAUUUAUGUAAUGAAAAGGUAUUAAAUGUUCUAUUCGUAUGUGUAGGUUGAUUAUCAUAUUUUCGUAUACGUUACAUAUAGAAAUCGCCAUUGAUAUGCAGAGUAUUAAGAAAUAUCAAAGAGCAAAACUUUACGAUAAUCGAUAUUAAUACAUAUUUUGCAUAUUAGCUAUUAAUUAAUACAAAUUUCCAUGUUGUUUGCGUUACGAACGUGAUAUAUCGCUUUCGGUUGCUAUUAGUGUGUAACGCGUACCGAAUACUAUUCAUUUCGACCAUAAGAGUAAAUUAAUACCACAUCGUAUUAUAACAAAUUUGUUUCUUUUAUGAUAUAAAAAGGAUGAAGAAUCUAUUAUAGAAAUCUCCGCUAGUUUCGUAUAAACAGAAAUAAUUUUGUGAAUAAGUAACUUAAGACGAUUUAAGAUGCCAAUACUCUUUAAGAAUACAGUGUAACAUUACCCUUGAACGAAUGUUGUAAGUACAUGUGAUAUUAUUGUGCCUUCUGUAUAGAUUUUUAUUCGUGAACAAUUUAAAUACUGCCUAUUUUAUUUUAUUUUUACCUUAAUCACGAUCGGCUAUAAAAGAAUGUCUAGCAAUACAAGUUUUGCAACUUGCAUAAUCAUUUAUGCAAGUGGUUAAGAUACUGGACUUGCUUCAUCGGAUUGCAAAUAAAAUUUAUCUAUUAAAUAAU